UAUUUGGCUGUCACUGGUAACAAAGAACCUUUCAUAAGGAAUCCAGACAACCACAACAUGGCAGACGCACGCCAGGUGCACGCACUAAAGAAAACGGCUGUCAAAACGUCUGUCGUCAUCAAGCGUCGCCGAGGUUUGUGACGUUAGGGGCAGCGACCGCCGGCUGUUUGCAUUAUCGGGAGUGGAGGCGCUCUGGAGUUAUGGCGUCCUCGUUCUGGAAAGGGCUGGUGGGGGUCGGACUCUUCGCUUUGGCACACGCGGCCUUCUCAGCGGCUCAACAUCGUUCUUAUAUGCGGUUGACUGAAAAGGAAGAUGAAACGUUACCAAUAGAUAUAGUUCUACAAACCUUGUUGGCGUUUGUAGUGGCCUGCUACGGCAUAGUUCACAUUUCUGGAGAGUUUAAAGACAUGGAUGCCACUUCAGAAUUAAGGAAUAAGACAUUUGAUACGCUAAGGAACCAUCCCUCAUUUUAUGUCUUCAACCACAGAGGACGGGUAAUGUUCCAGUCCCCAGACACAGAGGAUUUCCAACAAAAUCAAGCUGCAUUCACAUCUAAUGAACCACUGAAGCUAAGAAAACUAGAGCCACUGCAACGUUAACACAAGGUUUUUACAGAUGAUUAUAGAAGAGAACAUUGUAAUAACAUUGGAGUCCAGGAUGUAAACACAUUUUUUUUCUGGAGCAGUAUUUAUAUUGAUCUUCCAGACUUUCUAAGAUAAAAAGGGGACUUUCUUUGUACAAUUAUUGAGGACUGUAUUGUGUACUAGCAACGCACUGUAACUUAUUGCUACAAUGAUGCUGUAAAAGAUGUCUUUUACCUUGAAACAUUAAAUGAUGCUGCAGCUCA